UGUUGUGCCUUUCAGUUCUUUCAACUUCCACUUGUCAGUGCUCUUUGUAACUUCUCUAUCACCCCUUUUAUUAUCUUUAAAUCCUCAAGUUUCCAGUUAAUUCUUCAUUGCUUUCUGAGAGUUUGUUUUUCCAAGUGGAGGCUAUGUCAGUGGCAGCUAGUCCAGCAGCCUCUUUAGGGGAUCAUUUAUGUGAAAAUGGAUUUGAAUGUGUUGAAAUUCUCCCUGCCACCAAUGAUGCACAUGGAGGAGUCAUUGUCUACUUGAAGGAUCCUAUGGACCCUCAAGUUUUUGCUUCUUUGCUUAAAUCUUCACUUUUACAAUGGAAGAAACAGGGAAAAGAUGGAGUCUGGAUCAAGUUACCUAUUGAGCUUGUUAAUCUUGUCGAAAUUGCAGUUAAGGAGGGUUUCUGUUACCAUCAUGCUGAGCCAAACUAUGUAAUGUUAGUUUACUGGAUUCCUAAAACAGGCUGCACAAUCCCUCCAAAUGCUUCUCAUCGUGUAACUGUUGCUGCCAUUGUCUUGAAUGAUAACAAAGAGAUGCUUGUAGUCAAGGAAAAAAGAGGUAGAUUCCAUGGAAUUGGUGUUUGGAAGCUACCUACUGGAGUAGUUGAUGCAGGUGAGGAUAUUUUUGAAGCAGCUGUUAGAGAAGUAAAAGAAGAGACAGGAGUUGAUACACAAUUUGUGGAGAUACUAGGAUUCAGUCAAGCACACAAUUCAUUUUUUGGAAAAUCAGAUCUAUCUUUUCUUUGUAUGUUGCAUCCACUUUCUUUUGACAUCAAAAGGCAAGAAUUGGAAAUUGAAGCAGUUCAGUGGAUGCCGUUUGAAGAAUAUGCAGUUCAACCUUUUAAUCAGAAGCAUGAGCCCUUCAAGUAUAUAACUGAAUUAUGCAUGGCAAAGAUAGAAAAAGGCUACACUGGAUUCUGUCCAAGGCCAGUCUCAUCAUUUUUUUCUAAAGAUUUGAGUUGCAUAUACUUGAAUAGCAAAGACUUUGACAAAUCUUGUUGAGUUCAUUCGUGUUUGGUUGGUUUCACGAUGAAAUUGACAAAGUCACGGUGAAUUACUAUGAUUUUGCAAAAGCUAUAAAGUGUAGCUUCUACAUAAUCAUGGUAGUUCAUCAUAAUUUUGUCAAUUCCACUGUGUAAUCAUACACGCACAUAGUUUUCUAUUAUAGUUGGUUUUCCAUUAUAGUUGAUUUUGAUUGACAUUUAUUUCUUCUAAAAUGUUUGUUGCAUGUCAAAUUCUAUCCUUAUAUUAUAAUUCAUUCCUAUAUGAAAUUUAGUAAUUCACCA